UGUGUGCGUGCGCGCACAACCCCGCUUACAUUGCUACGCGAAUAAACCAGUGUGUCUAUAGCCAUCGGUUGUUUCACUCGUGCCCUACCCAAAAUACAACAUUGGCGGCGAUCUACCCACUUACAAGCGAAAUUAAAAAUGUCUAGUGCGCAUUUUGGAAUUUUGCCUACGUUUGAUCACCAUUCGCAAACAUGGAAAACGUUUAAAUCGCGCUUAUUGCAAUGGUUUGUGGCAAAUAAAGUAAAUGACACUACGGACGCGGGAGGAGAACAAAGGCGAGCGAUAUUACUUAGCACACUCAUUGACGGUACUUAUAAACUCGCAGCGGAUUUAGCGUUGCCUAAGAAGAUAGAAGAAGUACCAUAUGAAGAUGUUUUAAAGCUGCUGGAAGACCAUUUUGUUCCAAAGGUGUUUGGUUUUAGUGAGCGGUACAAAUUUUAUUCGGCCGUUCAACAAAGUGGAGAAACACAUACCCAAUGGGCGGCAAGGCUACGUGGUUUGUCAGCGGAAUGCGACUUCACAAAUGUAGAGGAAGUUCUUCGCGACAGAUUUAUGAUGGGCAUGCUGCCGGGACGGGAACGGGACAAGGUUUUCACGCAGGAUCUCAAGGAGCUGACGCUCACUAAGGCGGUGGAGUUGGCUAACGCGGUACGCUGCGCGCGGGAGGUGUCGGCGGGGGCGGGACAGGUGGCUUCGACGAGCGACCAGCUGUUCAAGAUCACCGGCGAGACCAAGGAUACGGUCCGUGAAAAAUGUGCAGUGUGCGGUUAUUCAAACCAUAAAACGGCCGAAUGUCGGUUUUCUAAUUAUCGUUGCAAAAAGUGCCGCGGUAAAGGCCAUUUAAAAAGAAUGUGCAAAACGGUAAAGUGCAUUAUGGCGAAUGACGUGAGCGAGGGAGACGACGUGUUUACAGAGUAAAGCGUAUAACGGUAACAAUAAACAAGCCUUCAAUAUAGGCGAUAAAGUGUUAUAUAAAAAGAACUUUAACAUUAAUAAGUUUACAUGGUGUAAGGGAAUA